AUGGCCCCGAGCUUACAUUUCGAAUCCAUGCCCCAAGGCCAUCCCGAAAGUAGUGGACAGCACAGCUCGGAUCCAGGACUGCCCAAGCCUUUCAAAACCACCACUUCGAGCUACCCAGCCCUAAAUAGAAAGAGGUCUUUCAAUGAUGAGAACGAGGCCGAAAGUUCAUCUGCAGAGGAAUCAUCGGAUGCGGAUAUCGAGGGCGGCCGAAUCUUCAAAGACCAUGUUAUAGAUGGACUCAAGCGCCGCAAAAUUGGACAUUGGCCGGGGGUUCAACAAGAAAGAAGGGAACAGAAAGUGGAUUCCCCCGGUUCCGUACCCAACGUUGCUAGUGAGAACACUUCACGUUCAUCGGGAAUUUGCUCUAGGUUUCUGAUUGUUCGAACAACAGAUGGAGAAGGCGGCGAGGAUAUCACUAUUGACAUGACCAUUGAGGACGAGGAAGUCUUCAUUGCCGAGAAAGAUACACCCAUCCAAGAGGGACAGGCGCCCAAUCUUUCUCAAAGCACCUCGGAUGCCGUACAGCCAAAACGUGCUGCUUCUGUCGCUCAUUCCCCUCCUUCGGUAUCCCCUUCCCAUGAACCCUGUUCAGCAGACGGCGGCUCGAUGAUGGUGGUCAAUGAGCAUAACACUGAUUCCAAGUUAGACGAUGACGAAUCUCCUGGCUCUCACCCAGGUUUUCAAACGGUCAAGAGUGCUUCAGACGGCUCAACUUCUCAAGCAGGUGCUGCGAUCACACCCUCCGCACUAUCAACGUCCCUCGCGAGCCAUCCAGGUUCUCAGCCAUCCGACGGCUAUCAGGAUCGUUCUCCUGCCCCAUCACGGUAUUCGAAUGACGCCAUCAUUCGAGGAUUCCAACAGACAAUAGAAAGGAUGCCCACGUCAUUCCCGGAGCUCGACUCUGACACCUCCAUCCUACCCGAUGUGGGUAACAAUGCUAUCUCAAGCACUACCCACGAUCAUGCACAGCCUUCCGCCCACGCAUGCAGAAUCAGGUCUUCUCUUCACAGUGCUAUCCCACCAGUUUCACCUUCGAUCAUUGACGUUGAUCCAAGCACAGCGCCUCCUGCUUUCACGCCGUCCUCUGGAAGGCUGGACGCUGGCAAUAACAACGUUUCGGUGGAUGCUAGGCAGAGCAUCGCACGUCUUACAGAUUAUGACGCGCCCAAUCCUCUCCAGACAGUCGGAUCUUCCAGAGUCAACGAAGCUGAGGAUGAUACCAUGUCCGUCGGGUCUAGGAGAAGCAUGGCCAGUAUUUCUGACCCUGUAGACUCGGAAACCGGUCCCUUUGAUGAAGUUCGCGCCUCGGCGUCCCCUCCGGUUGCCGAAGCGACCCAGGCGCCAACCCCAGAGUACAGCCCGUUCGAAGGAAACGAGCCUACGAUAUCCUUUUUGGCAGCUGAGCCAGACGGAAUUGAGGAGGAAACCAUGUCGAUUGCUUCGAGGAGAAGCAUGGCGAGUAUCUCCCACCGUGAGGAGAGUCCCAAACCGUUCGAUGGGGUUCGCACUUCCACGUCUCCUCAGGCAGCUCCGCUCGAGACCCACACACCCACCUCAGAAGACGGCCCUUUCGUAGAAACCGAGCUCCCGAUAUCGACUUCUUCGGCAGCCAGACCAGACGUGGCUGAAGAGGGCACCAUGGAGGAGGACACCAUGUCGAUUGCUUCGAGGAGAAGCAUGGCGAGUAUCUCCCACCGUGAGGAGAGUCCCAAACCGUUCGAUGGGGUUCGCACCUCCACGUCUCCUCAGGCGGCUCCGCUCGAGACCCACACCCCCACCUCAGAAGACGGCCCUUUCGUAGAAACCGAGCUCCUGAUAUCGACUUCUUCGGCAGCCAGACCAGACGUGGCUGAGGAGGACACCAUGUCGAUUGCUUCGAGGAGAAGCAUGGCGAGUAUCUCCCACCGUGAGGAGAGUCCCAAACCGUUCGAUGGGGUUCGCACCUCCACGUCUCCUCAGGCAACUCCGCUCGAGACCCACACACCCACCUCAGAAGACGGCCCUUUCGUAGAAACCGAGCUCCCGAUAUCGACUUCUUCGGCAGCCAGACCAGACGUGGCUGAGGAGGGCACCAUGGUGGAGGACACCAUGUCGAUUGCUUCGAGGAGAAGCAUGGCGAGUAUCUCCGACCGUGAGGAGAGUCCCAAACCAUUCGAUGGGGUUCGCACCUCCACGUCUCCUCAGGCAGCUCCGCUCGAGACCCACACACCCACCUCAGAAGACGGCCCUUUCGUAGAAACCGAGCUCCCGAUAUCGACUUCUUCGGCAGCCAGACCAGACGUGGCUGAGGAGGGCACCAUGGUGGAGGACACCAUGUCGAUUGCUUCGAGGAGAAGCAUGGCGAGUAUCUCCGACCGUGAGGAGAGUCCCAAACCAUUCGAUGGGGUUCGCACCUCCACGUCUCCUCAGGCAACUCCGCUCGAGACCCACACACCCACCUCAGAAGACGGCCCUUUCGUAGAAACCGAGCUCCCGAUAUCGACUUCUUCGGCAGCCAGACCAGACGUGGCUGAGGAGGACACCAUGGAGGAGGACACCAUGUCGAUUGCUUCGAGGAGAAGCAUGGCAAGUAUCUCCCACCGUGAGGAGAGUCCCAAACCGUUCGAUGGGGUUCACACCUCCACGUCUCCUCAGGCAGCUCCGCUCGAGACCCACACCCCCACCUCAGAGGACACCAUGUCGAUUGCUUCGAGGAGAAGCAUGGCGAGUAUUUCCGACCGUGAGGAGAGUUCAAAAGCCUUCGAUGGGACCCGUGGCUCGAUGUUUCCUCCUCCAGUCACCAAUCAGUCAGAAAAAGAGCUUAUGUCUGUAGGUUCUAUCAGGAGCAUUGCCAGUGUUCCUGACUACGGGGAGGACCCGAAGCCUCAAGAGAACGUCAAACCGUCGGUCUUUUCUUUGUUGGUCAAGCCCCACGAAAGCUACCCCACCACGAUAUCCUCAGGAACCAGGAGAAGUAUGGCCAAUAGUCGAGGCCAAAACGAAGUUCCCGGUCCGCUUGAAGGUGUCAGCACGUUGAGCUCAUCUGGCGGUCCCGAGGUUACCGAAGCUGGCGACGACGCGAUGUCUGUAAGUCGUGCGGGAAGCAUUGCUAGUAUCCUGGACCACGACGAGGACCCCAAACCUUUCGAGGGCGUCACCGCCCUACUUCCAUCUUCCUGCCCAAACGUCACCGAAAGCGACACGGAAGCGAUGCCCAGAGGUGCUAGGAGAAACAAUGUCACUGAUCCUGAGCAGCUCGAUGGUCCCAAACAUUUCCCUGAUGUCAGCAUUUCCAACCCGCCUUCUGGUCCCAAGCUCCUGGAAAGCGAAGAGGAACGGAUGUCUGUGGAUGAUACGCGAAGUGUUGCCAGCGUUUCCGACCAUGGCAACGAUCCCCACCCGUUCGAAGGGAUUGAGGCAGUCUCUGUAUCCCACUCCCCAGUAAAUGUCAACCCCUCUCGUGGUCUUGAGGUACACGCUAGCUCUCAACACCCAGGUCGGGGACGAAGUCGGGGACUGACCUCCCAAAUGGCUCUCAAGACAUCUUCCGCUCCAGGCCUAGACGAGAACAAUCCCAGAAGCCAGGGUCACGAGUGUGGGAUGACCUGCGGCAGCGAUAACGAGGCAGAUGACGAAGACUCCGAUAGCGAAGGUUCGAUAGCUAUCUCACUGUUCGCUGACGAAGUGUGCUUGCCGGAUCAAUUGGACGUGGAUGUGGGCCCAUUCCUCCUCAUCGAAGAAGAUUUCUUACCAAACAACCGUGGUCGUGAAUACUCUGUCUCACCGGAUCCAUUCGACGAAGAUGAGGAUGGAGAUGAAGAAGAGUACUAUGAAGGUGACAUUGCAAGCCAGAAGCCAUUUGCCAAAGCUGCUCGAUUUGGUUCUCAAACUGACUUCGAGGAGACCCCACCGAAUCGGAGAGUCGCAUCCAUGAUUGAAACCCGCAUCAAGGCCGCCCCAAUCUGUUUCGCCCAGGCUAAGCCAAGGCGUAGCCAGUCAAGUCCGCCGCAGAAGGCAGAUAUACGGAAACAUUGCCUCGAAUUGAUGAGGAGACCCACUCCCAGAGCGAAAGUUGAAUCCGUGCCUUUCGAAUCUGUGCUGGCGUUCGGAGAAUCAGAAGACAAGGAUGAUGGCCCCUCUGUUCGCAAUUUCGGCGUAUUCCUUGACUUCAAAAGCCUCACCACCGUUAUGCACCGGAUUUACGCCAACAGUUGGAACCGCAGAGCAGCUGUAGUGUUUGCGCAAAGUUUCGUUAGCUCUGGUCUUUACGAUUGCGACGACAAAGAUGCAGUCGAGAGCCAAUUCUUGGUUCACUUGAUUCAUCUAGGGAAACUCUUUGCGCGCCAGGGAAAAAAGAACUCUGCUGCAGCUAUCAAGGCCAGUGCUGACGCGCGUCGUAAAUCAAGACGUGAUCGGUUCGAAGAGACUGCGGACUUCUACUCAAAUAUCCGUGGCAUGGAGCAUUACCCUGAACUCUGGGCCAAGAUUCACUGGAGAGUGCUCAGCGGCGACGAGACGGACCCGGCGGAUCCUGAUGGGCCUCGCGUAAUUACUCACCUCAAAUGGAGGCAUCGGAGAAUCAGGCGCUGGAUGCAAAACUGGGCCUAUCUGGAAGACCAUCGGCGGCACCCUGAUAAUGAAAACGACCAAGGCAAAGACCCUGACCCUCGCAGGGAUCCUUCGCAGGAGGACCCGCCUCGCAAGGUGCGCGAACGCGAUGGACAUCCUCAGAAGUGCCUUCCCAGGAACUUCUACACCAAGUCCUUCCUCAAAAAGGUGGAAGGUGGUGAGUAUUUGGAGGAUUAUAAGAUUCAGGAGAAGGAAAACUUAUCCUUUCCUCCAAGUAUCAUGGGAAUCAUCAAGAAACAGGCCGUUAAACGCAUGAAGAGGAAUACGCACAGGGGCUCGAGAGCUCGUAAAGAGGCAGACGAGUCUCAAGGACAGCAACAAGUCGCCACUCCGCAGCCAAAGGUUCCCAGCAAUAAGGGUGCUCCUCCCCCGCUUCGAGAGCGAGGAAAGGCAGGCCCCCGAAAAUCACAAUCCAGCUCCGGGAAAGGCAAAUCGACGCGAGGUCCAGCUUCUAGUACGACGAAUCUGUUUGCAAAGGCCGAUCCAACGUAUGGUCACCCCGGGCAAUGGUUCGUAGCUCGUCAUGAAUGGCCUUGUUGGAAGCAAAGUCAUGCGUGUAAUUCAGAGGUCGGACCACUUCCCGAGUAUCCAACUGUACUAGUAUCCAACCCCCAGGCUGACCAAAGGUCUAGAGAAACCCCUGAGAAAGCUCCCAUCAGCCUAGUAACGUUCUGGGACAUCUUCGAGCUGUUACGGCUGUUUGGGUCCUUCAAAAUACAUAGGUCAAUCCCGGCCGUGAUAGGCCACAGCAGGGACAAUCCUGGACAAUCACACGCACAGGUUGCUUUCUCCGCCGGCUGCCACGGUGCCGCUGCUGGCUCCAGGCAUCUCCGCGCCCUGCGCGUCUGCGGCGUCAAUAGCGUGACACAAUUCCUUUUCACGAGCCACAGCGAGCCACUAGCUUUAUCCACCACCUCCCGUGCCGCUGUCACCACCGAACGUAUAUGCUGCGCAAACGACGGUACAACGGUCGAAGAGGACUACCCUCUCAGGGAUACCCGAGUUACCAUCCUCUGUCCUCACUCCUGUAUAACGAUGCAGAUGUUUUUCUCUUGGAUCCCCACCUGGGUCACCAAAUGCGAGAAGCUCGGAGACAGCCUCGGCGGAGCCGGCUGCUCUGACGACGGGUUGCACACCGAUCCUCUCCCAGCCCAGACCUUCAAUCGCUAUCAAGAAUCUCCUACCUGCGCAAUGCUGACCAGUAUCCCCAUCGUUGGAGACCUCUUCCACUUGCAGCGUCGCCUGAAGAAGGUAGUGACGCGACUGGACGAUAUCGACACCAGGUUGGACGACCACUUGCCACUCGAGUAUCCCAGUAGAGACUUGGCUCUCCUCGGCCUUGGGGCUUCUAUCAUUCCAGCGCUCACGUCAGAGACAGACUCAUCGCUCUCUUCCCACCCUGGGGUUGUCCUUCCUGCAGCCAUCCUCGAAGAAUCGCCAUCCAUUGGGGAGUGCUGGGAGUUUCGAGGUUCCAGCGGGCAGGUCGGGAUACGCUUGCCAGAGAAAGCCAAUAUUACAGCCCUAUCCGUCAGUUAUGUCCGACCUAGCCGCCUUACAAAACCUCUACGAGAGAAAAUACCCAAGUCUUUCAAGUUGUGGGGGCUUGUCUCGAAGGAAGACUUCGACAAUCUCGCGCCGGGUGCUCCUUCUCGGCCUCUCCAGCAGGCUCUUCGCCGUGACCGACGACCGAAGCGCAAUGCGGCGCCUGAUAAAGCCUCAGGACUUGCAUCGGUUGACUCUACCUUCAUUCACUUGGUUUCGGGGCACUACGACCCACUCUCAAAGCGGUCCCGCCAGGUCUUUCCUGCAGAGCAUAGGCAGAAUCCUACGGGUGUUCGUGGAAUGACGAAGGUCCACUGGUAG